CACAGCAAAGGAGCUGAUGCUUCCUGUGUGAAGGUAAAGGUUGAGAAUAUGUAUUAGUAUCAGAACAUUCUUGUUUCUGAUGCUAGCACAUAUGUAGGCUAAUAAUCCAGCAGCUGCGAUUGUUAUCAGGAUGUCACACCAAAAACCAGGAUCAACAGCACUGCACCUUCCAACCUGAUCCAUGAGACUAGAAGAGGAUUAUCAUAAAACCAGUCUUCGAAAUCUGUGGUUAUGGAGACCUGCCUGCUCAUUCUGCUCUACAUUAUUUCAUUCUUCCAAGCAUCAGGAGACAGGCAGACAGAAUCUUCAAAUCUGGAUUGUUUAUAUGACUCAUUUGAGACGGUCAUUUGUACCUGGAUCCCUGUGAAAAAUGCUAUGAAAGGGCAAUGCCAACUCACUGCUUCAGUCGACUAUGGGAAACCACCUAAGACAUGUCAAAUGAAUGGUACAAGCAUAAGGAGUUGUAAGUUGAUUCUUGAGGAUUACAGCUUGGCUAUUAUCGACCCUCUUUUCUUGGUUGUGUCUUGCAACACUGGGAAGAAAUGGACAGAAGUUCAUAAUCAGACAAUAGAACCAUUUAAGAGCAUUCAACUUCAGCCUCCUUGCAACUUGCAACUGGAAAAUGCCAGCAAGCCUUCCUACAAUUUAACAUGGACACUUUGUGUUGUCUCCCAUUAUCUAAAAGAAAAACUGGAAUAUGAAAUACGAUAUAGAGCAAAUUCUUCUGGUGAGACCGAAACAAUCCUGCCCAUAGCUCAGGAUCAGAAAUGGGUAAUAAUUGAGAACCUUUCUCCUGACACAGUGUUUGAGGCAGCCAUUCGUGUCAAAAUAAAACAGAGCAGCUAUUACAACAGUAUAUGGAGCAGAUGGAGCACACCUCCUUUAAGAUGGAGGACAGAUCCUGAAGCAUCGCCACAAACUACAUUCUUUCCAGUUAUUGUAGCCAUUGCUGGGAGUUUCAUCAUUUCCAUCUUCAUCAUUUUCUUGAUUGUAUCUCCAGCAUCAAAACGCUUUAGAAAGAUGCUUAAGAUCAAUUUGCCAGAUCCAGCUGAGUUCUUUCCAUCUCUCACUGGUAUCCAUGGAGGAGAUAUUCAGCAGAAGUGGUUGUCCUCCCCAGCAUUCAUUACUUCCUUCAACAUUGCAGCUGAAGCACCCAAUGUCUCUAUAUUAGAGAUAAUGCAAAAUAGCAGCAAGGAGUCCUGCCUUCUCCCUCCUAAGGAAUACUUCACAAAUAUUGAGAACACAGCAGAGACCGGUGGAGAGUCUUCAAGCAGCUGCUUUAUGAAUCGUGGCUAUUUCUUUUUCCAUCAUCUUGACUCCCUUGAGAUUGAUUCCUGCAAGGUGUAUUUUACCUAUGAUGCUGUGACUCGUAGUGAAGAUAGUGAUUUCUAUUUCCACAAAGAGCUCCAUGAAGCAAGUCACAAUUUCCCUUCAUCUACCAACAUCAUGACAAACCAGGAAAAUGGUGCCUUUAUUCAAGAUUAUUCAAGAGACAAUUUUCCAUCAGGGGGGAACUUCCCAAUAGCAUCAACUGUAGAACAGAAUGAAAACAUGGAAGACAGAAUUCCUCUUGUCUUGUCUUCAAACUCCCCUGAGCAGUAUUCCAUAGAUGAUUCAAGCAAGCCACAAUCAUCUAGCCACAAUACUGGUGGAAUAGAAUUACUCAGAAAUGAAGACUUAUCUAAUAAUGUUAUGAGAAAUAAUAGGGUCAUGUUUUCAAACCAAGUCCAGUCCAAUGAUUUCUGCAGAGCCGCAUCUUCCAGCCAGAUCCCCAGUUCCUCAGAAGCCUAUCUUUCCUUGCGGGAUUUUCAGAGACAUUACAGUCAUCAUUCUGUCUAAUUCCACGAUGGGAAGCCUCUUUUGAGAGCAAGACAGUUUCUUUAUAUAUCAUUUAUUUGCUCCAGUCAAGAAAGCAGAAAUAGAUCUCCAUUCUUUUCACAUGAUUUCUAACGGAAGAAUGGGUAGAUUUCAUAUUUUAUGGGGAUAUCAAUUUCAGAGAAACCUGGCCAGAUACAUUUUAGCAGAAUGACACAACUCGUCACAGUCAACUCACCAUGGGACAACUCACCACAGGACAAUUCAACAUGGGACAACUCAAGAGAGGGACAAGUAGAAUUGCAGUUCACCCCAGUCUCAAUGAGAACAUGAGAACAUUCAAACCUAAACAAGCCCCUCUGCAAUUUACUUGUCUCUCUCUUGAAUUAGCCCACAUUGAACUGUCCUGCAGCAAGUUAUUCCAUGGCGAAUUGGCCUCAGCAAGUUGUCCCACAGUGAGUCAGCUGGAGCGAGUCAGCCAGGGUGAGACAGCUGGGCCCAGUCAACUGCAAUGAGUUGGCCAGGGUAAGUUGUCCUAGAUCCAAAUUUAAGGGCCUCCAAAGUUUAUUUUCUAUAAAAUGCUUUUGUUAUUGUUCUUUGCAUAGAAUUUCACAACCCAAAAUCUCACAUCACUAAAUUUUGCUCUGAAAUUGCCAAAUGAAAAAUUUACAAUUUCAGCCCACAAGAGUUUUAAUAUAAGUUGCUGCUCCUGGUGUUGAUUUUGAUCAGUUCUUUUUAAAUUUUAUUUCCUUUUCAUUGAUGUGGGAAUACAAAUAGCCUUUGACUUAUAACCACACUGGGGCCAGGAUUUCAGUUGAUAAGCAAGGGGAUGCUACGGGGGAUGCUGUGAGGAUUGUAGCUGUGAGGAUUGGUUGUAAAUCCUUUUUUUUUUUUUUUUGGUGCUGUUGUAUCUUCAAAAGGUCACCGGGGUUUUUUGCCCUUGCACUCUAUAGAGGUUGAACAAUGUAAAAUGUGGCCUGUUUUUCUGCUGAAAAAGUGGCAGAAUGGAUAAAAAUUGCUGUCUUAUAAGAAAUUGCAGUAGGGUUCUGCCCAGUGACAUUCAAGUCAGUCUGAAAAACUGAAAUCAGAAUCUAACUGAAACAAAGUGGGUUUUUUUUUUUAAAGUAUUGUGGUUAUUAUUCAAAGGUGCUUUGCUCUGCUCUAUUACAUUCCUCUCCAAUCUCUUGUAUGCAAGUACUAGAGGAGUAACUAGAAGAUAAUUUGCUGUUUUCAUUGCUCCUUGCUCUGAAUUUGAGCACUUCCCUAUCACCAUGGCUUCCACUCCCCAAUCCCUGAAAAGGGUCUGAAGACACUUGGCAAUUAUUUCCAAAUUUGCUGACCUUGUAAUGCUGACCAAGGGUCACGCUGCUCUGUUCUGAGUUGUCACAAUCCCUGCAGCAACAAAAGCAAACAGAAAACCCUCAGUGUUCCAUGAAGGGAUAUCCAGUAAAAAGCCAUCAAGUCACCUUUCUCUUUAAAAGCCUUCUCCUGCAGUCCAGAAACCAAUAGGCAGGAAAAGGCAGAAGACUCGGCAAAGGAGGAAAGAAACCAGCCAUAAACUGCAGAGAGCUGCAGCCUCUCAAAACAGAAAGGAGCUUCACGAUGCUUUGGGAUGCAUUGGCCCAGCUGGCAAGACAGAGCACUAUAGGGUCACAAGGCUGCAUGUGGAGGCGUCCUUUCGUCAAACUGCUUUAUACAAUAAGCUGCUUUAUUGUCUGUGGACUCCCUUAGGAGCAGCACCUUGGCUUGAGUCCAAAUAUAAGCUCAUUUUUUUCCUGGGUUUUGAUAUAUUUUGCUGAAACUUAAUAAAGAUUUUAUUUUUAAAAAAGAAAGCUCAUGGAAAGUUUACCAUUUACUCCAUUUUCUCCUGAGCUGAGAUCCAUAAGAGUGUUUGGGGAAAAACCUGUGUUUAUAUUUAUUCCAUAGUCUCAAUAUGGCAUGUCAAAAUGAUUUCUGAAAACUUUCAUUUUCUUGUACCAUAAAUAUCCAUGCCAUCUGAACCUAAUAUUGUGAUCUUCUAACUCUAAAAGUCCUGUUUCUCAGCAACAUCCAUUCUUUCAUCCAGGACCCAAACAAGAAGCAGCAAAAUACAAUUUCAAAUUUGGUAAACCCAAUCUUCCUUUUUAAUUUGUAUCUUUUAACACUUUAUAUUUAACUGGUGGUUUUUUCCAUUGCUUUAUAAAUUUAGAUCUAUCUUUUUGCCAUUGUUUAAGUGGUACGUCAGUUAUCAAAGCAGGUGUUGUCUGAAACAAAAAGAUGAUUCUUGUCAAAAUACUCAUUUUUAUCACAAAUAUUCUCACCAACAGAUUGUUUUAAUUUCUUCCAUCUUAAUAUUUCAUUCUUAAUUUCAUUCCAUCGCUAACCAUAAUUAUUUCAAAAUACCAUACAAUUCAUAUUUGUCAUAGUAAUGCCCAGGUAUUACUUUGGGUGCCUUUCCCAUCUUCCCCUUUUGCAAGAGACAAGCUUUAUUUACAGAAUGAAUCUGUUCUCCAAAAUUAAAAGGUGAAAUGCAACAUUGUAAUGAAGUCGGAAAAAAGAGACAAAAAUAAGCUAAAUUAUUUUUUCUGCAGGAUUAUGUCGAUAAUGUAUUAUUACUACUGUUUUGAUUUUUUUGCAUUUCACGCCAUUAGCUAACUUGAGUUCUUUAGCAUGAGAAAAGUGGGAUUUUUAAUUAUAUAUUUUCAAUAUUCAUAUACAAAUUAAGUGUUCUUUUUAUUUCUUGUGAAGUGAAUAGAGGAAAAUGUUUCAUGGUUUUUUAAAAAAAGUAUUUGAA